AUGGCCCAAUUCCACAAAAUCGGCCAAGGCUUUUGCGGCACGGUUUGGGCAUCCAGCACUACAGGGCCCGCCUUCAAGCGCGAAGACGGUGGCCCUGGCAGAUCGCUAGAGAACGACUACCAGAUGCACCAGAUUGUCCAACACAGCCUGAACCAGACAACCAUCAAAAACAGCCAUCUCCGAGUCCAAGUCUCAGACUGCCAUUGCUUUAUCAGACCCGAUACAGAGGAAGAUCGAGAAUGGUGGAAAGACAACCUCCACCGCUUCCCGCCGGGAUACGCCCCGUGCAAUACCCUCCAGUCGCAGCGCAUUCCGCCAUUCCCGCUGCAUACUAGGGAGUUGCUCGUUAGCAGAUUCUGUCCGGCGGAGCUUAGAGAGGAGAUUCUAAAGAGUAAGGCUAACGAGGAUUGUCUCGUCAGACCGUACCUUGGUCGAAGACGCAUUCGCCAGCAUGGUUCCACACCCCUUGGUUCUGAUCCUGCUCCCCGGCGUCGAGUGAGAUCGUUCUUCUCGCUGCGGAAUUAUCCCCUCCAUGUGGACCAGAUGGAGAAGUUGGGCAUUCCUGCUAGAGAUAUCCGGCUUUACGCGCGGAUGAUGGCCAACGCCCUGGCUACUUUGCAUUGGGUGGGUGAGAUCGACGCGAAUGAUGUCGAGUUUGUGCUUGCUCCUCCGCCUCCUCCUUCUCCUUCUACUACUACUACCACUCAAAGCACACAAAACCCCUCCAACAUAAUAUCCAAUGUGCUUGGAAGCCACACCAUGUGGAUUCUAGAUUUCGACCUGUGCAGGAGUCUCCCUAUCAACGCGGCGGGCAUGGAGCAAGCGGCGACGGCUUUUCUGCGUAACGACCCGUUUUAUCCUCGUCCGGGCAGAGACGAUCCAAAGUUGUGGAAUGCGUUUCGCGAGCAGUACCUCCGCACCGCUGAGGAUUGUUGUUGUCGAUUGACGGUGGGUUGUUCGUCGGAGGCGAAGAAGCGGUUGUUGCUUUCGAGGCUGUUUGUUGAGUUGGUUGAGAAUGGGCAUUAG